AUGAGGGAGUACAAAGUGGUUGUGUUGGGAUCGGGAGGAGUCGGGAAGUCCGCACUCACGGUCCAGUUCGUGACAGGCUCCUUCAUAGAGAAGUAUGACCCCACUAUAGAAGACUUCUACAGGAAGGAGAUCGAGGUGGACUCCUCUCCGUCUGUGCUGGAGAUCCUGGACACGGCUGGGACCGAGCAGUUCGCUUCCAUGCGAGACCUCUACAUCAAAAACGGCCAGGGCUUCAUCUUGGUCUACAGCAUGGUCAACCAGCAGAGCUUCCAGGACAUCAAGCCCAUGAGAGACCAGAUCAUCCGGGUGAAGAGGUACGAGAGGGUCCCCAUGAUCCUGGUGGGCAACAAGGUGGAUCUGGAAGGGGAGAGAGAGGUAUCCUCAGGAGAGGGGAAAGCCCUGGCCCAGGACUGGAACUGCCCUUUUAUGGAAACAUCAGCCAAAAACAAAGGCUCUGUCGACGAACUGUUUGCAGAAAUAGUGAGACAAAUGAACUACUCCACUGUUCCCAGUGGUGGAGACCAGUGCUGUUCCUGCGUGCUGCUCUGA